AUGGGGACCCCUUGGGCGCCCUGGCCGCUCCUCUGGGCUGUGCUGCUGCUGGGCUGGCGGCCAGGAUGGCUCCUAGAAACCACCCACCGGCCCCGGAGUCCCCUCACCUUCAACCCACCCCAGCUCACCGUGGCCGAGGGGGACACCGCCACCUUCACCUGCAGCCUCUCCCACAUGUCUGGGGGCUUUGUGCUCAACUGGUACCGCAUGAGCCCCAGCAACCAGACGGACAAGCUGGCCGCCUUCCCCGCGGACAGCACGGUGGCCCACAGGCACCGGCGCUUCCAGGUGACUCGGCUGCCCAGCGGGCGGGACUUCAGAAUGAGCGUCCUCACCGCCCAGCGCAACGACAGCGGCGUCUACCUUUGCGGGGCCAUCUACCUGUCCCCCCCGAUGCAGAUCCUCGAGAGCCCCCGCGCAGAGCUCGUGGUGAUAGAGAGAACUCUGGAGCCGCCCACAGAGAGCCCCGGCCUUCCUCCCAGACCCCCAGGCCAGGUACAGGGCCUGGUCAUCGGUGUCACGAGCGUCCUGGUGAGCAUCCUGCUGCUUCUGCUGCUGGCCUGGGUCCUAGUCACCAACUUCCCCAGGGCCACACGAGGAGCCUGUGCCUGCUGCAGUGAGGACCAGCCUCUGAAGGAGGGCCCCUCCACAGGACCUGUGUUCUCCGUGGACUAUGGGGAGCUGGACUUCCAGUCUCGGGAGAAGACCCCAGAGCCCCCCGCCCCCUGUGUCCCCGAACAGACAGAAUAUGCCACCAUCGUCUUCCCUGGCAGACCAGACUACACCAGCCGCAGGGCCUCUGCCGACAGCCCCCAGGGGCCCCCGCCUCUGAGGCUAGAGGAUGGACACUGCUCCUGGCCCCUCUGA